AAAAAUGUUAAAACCUGGCGGUCAAUUUUUCGCAUAUAUGAUUGUGAACAAAUGUUUUUAUAACGAGAUAUUAAUAGAGCAACGAAACGAAAAAGAUAAACCUUGGUGGAAAUAUAUUAACGAUAAACCAAAUCAAUUUGUUGAUUACGGAUCUAAACCAACCGAUUUUAUUGCUGAUGUUCUUCACAAAGCUGGAUUAGAAACAAUUAAAAUUAAUUGUGAACGUAAAUAUUCUACAUUUUCCAACAUACAAACUAUUAAAGGUACUAUUGGAACGAUAAAUCCAUAUUCUAAUUUUAUCCCAGAAUCAAUGAGAAAUGAUUACAUGGAAGAUUAUCUCAAUAAAGCCAUGAAAUAUGUUCAAGUAGAUAGUGAUGGAAAUUAUUAUUUCUUUUUGGAUGUUCUUAGCGUUCUUGCUAAAAAAGUUUAAAACCGAAAAUCGUAUAAAAUAUCUUC